AUGCUUCCGGAUAACAUCGCCAACAGCUACCGAGAGUAUAAAGCCGACACCGAGAUCUUUGUUACAUGGCUUGUCGAGACGGCUAGUCGUUGUGGCUUCGUCCCUUCUGCCACUGCGCAAACUUCUGCUUCUGGUGGCCGACUCAAGGGGAAAGCGCGAACGGCUGAACCCAAAUCCCCGCAAGCGCGCAAGGUCACCAUCAAUGAUUUGAAAACGUGCGCCGAUGCCAUAGCAAAGAAACCUCCCAAGAAGUUCGUGGUGCCACUCUACGCCAGCAGAGCAGCAGCUCGAGCAAUCCGUCAGCGCACCAAGUCGACGAAAUGGCACGAAAAUCAGACUGAACAUGUAGAUCCAAAUUUACAGCAUACAUUCACUGCGAGCAACGAAGCACACGCUACUUUCACGGGAACUUUGGAGUACACACUUAAUUUGCUAAAGCCGUUCAUCACUACUGGCAAAGCGACGCCUAAGCCCAGCGACCACGCUACGCAGACCCCGAUCGAUGGCCUAAACACUAGAUUCAGCAAGCUUGAUAUUGGAGAGCUGGCAGACCAGGAGCCGGGAAGCGGUGACCAGUCGACAUUUGAUGCUAGACCAGCAACAACCUCAAAGACGAAUUAUACUGUCGACAACAGAGAGGAUGAUCGCAUGAUUGCCAUGAACAUGUUGUUACAAGAUUACAAUGAGAUCAAGGGUGCCGUCAAAGGAAUCUGGUUUCUUUACCAUUGUAAGGAUGGUGUGGAUUUUGUCUCAGCAGCCGCAACGACACAAGCAGCGAUGCAGAUGAUAAAGAGCUUAGUGCACGAAUUCUUGGCCUCGUUCCCGGAGAUAGAGGACGCUGAGGGCUUCUGGCAUAAGCUACUUGAUCGUCCCGAGAUCAGCAAAUUGCUCAGGAGGCAAACAGACGAGGUGCGAGCGAAAGUUCGUGCAAUGAUGGGAGGAUCGCAGUCCUGCGUAGUAAAACCCUCGGAUAGCCUGCUCACCUAUGGAUGUCUGCACACAUACAACUGCGUUUGGGAAUUUCUUGAAGCGUAUCCUACCGCCAUGUCUCUUUUGGAGCGACGUGGCUCUGAUGGUCGCAGAGAUGUUCCAUUAAGGAACCAAUCUCUUUUGUACGCUAUGGAUGACAUUCUUUAUAUGGUCAAAGACGUGCGGGAACGACCUCCUGUCAUGGAUAACUUUACGCAGGAAUGGUAUGGAUACUUGAAACGAGGCUUCGACGACGAUCUCGAACCUAAGGAGGACUACCAGUAUGGAACAAACAUCUCCAUCGAAAUGAUGUUGUACACCGAUCUGUACAUAGGAGUUCAGGAUUGUCUGGUUCCUCUCGUUCCACUCAACAAGCGCUCAGAUGGUCGCAAUGACUAUGAACGGACACUACAAGUUGUAGAUGAUGACCAGGAAUCUGACAAGCCAUCAGAUGGCAGAGGCGAUCAUGAACGGAAUCCACAGGCCGUGGAUGAUCAACAGAGGUCUGACAAGCCAUUAGAUGGUAGCGAAGGCGACCAUAAUCGGGAUCCACAGAUUACAGACGAUUGCCGGGACUCCAGCGAGCCAUCACAUGAUCGUAAAGACAACCGUAAAAAGGUUGCGUCAGUCUUUGCUGAUUAUGUUGAGACAUGGGCACACGCUUCUGGCCAUGGGUAUAUACACGAAGUGGUGAAGGGUUCGGCGCUUUUUCUGGACAACAAGGAACGAUCAAAGUUAAAAUCCUUCUUCCGCGAUCCCCUGACAAUGGGGGAUAGCCUCGUCUGGAUGAGUAAUCAUCCAAUCUGGGUAGCACGCGUGAAGCAUGAGCGGAAAGCGAAAGGUCUCGAUGAAAACUACCAGCCAGACGAACUCUAUGAUCGCUAUAAGGGCGACUGGAUCAGGAUGAAUCCAUUCCUCGCUGGAACAAUCUUGUUUGUGGCACUACAUGCCGUGAGAGAGGUGGUGCUUCUUGUACAGAACGCUGAUGGACUUACACUGGGAUAUGCGCAUCUUUACAACUUUCUUCGUCAAGCACACAGUGCGAACCGGGCUGAGUCAGCAGACAAGUUACUUGCAAACACGUGGGAGGACAUGGAGACCGUAAUCGCACUGCUCGGCGAGUCAAGCGUCUUCAGGGGUAGCAGACCGGCAACACUCGACUUGUGUAUUCAACGCCUGCUUCGCGCACACGGGAUGAAAGCGAGUGAUCUUGCGCGUACCAAUGGUCGGUUCAAGAAGGCACAUACCGUCCACGUAGGUGGCCAGAUAAGCCCCAACAAUACCCCCCUUAUUGACCUGCUAUUCUCCAACGGCGGGCCCAGCAGCACAACCUUCCUCAAUAUUACAAACCAAGCCAUCUUGGAUUUUCUGAUGAAGGAGUUGAAGGUGCAUACUCAGAAAACAUCGGACCCAGAAGACUUCAAGAAGAUUUGGUCAGCUGGACCACUUGUCGUGUUCCGUGUACUUCUUCAGUCUGAUGCAGCCGACAUGUCAACUUCCAUUGUCUGGGCGAUUGUUGAAGAGGGAAAAGCGAGCAGAUUGGUCUCCGACAUGAACAACACUUCCGAGAGUCUUCAAUGGAUCGUAUUACCAGACUCAUUUGGUGACUUUGUUGCGGGACUAAGACCGGUGGAGGAAGAAGACGCAAAGGUGCAAACAGAGGUUGACAAUGAUUGCCCUGUACAAGACAAGGCUGAUGAUGCAGCUAAACUCAAUACCUAG